CCGGUCGGCUGUGUUUUCUGUUGCACGAAGAGGAACGCUUUCCAGUGACGUCAGAAGCCAGAGCCAAGUGUCAUGCUGACCUCCUGAGGAUGACAAGUUACAGCCGAGCCGCUCAGCAAUGGGCCACGUUUGCAAGGACAUGGUUUCUUAUUGAUGGAAAAAUGCAGCCACCUGGAAAAAUAGCCACAUUGUGUUCAGUUCACCUGCAAGGGAAGCACAAGCCAGUGUACCACGCACUAAGCGAUAGUGGAGACCAUGUUGUUGUCAUAAAUACUAGACACAUUGCUUUCUCUGGAAAUAAAUGGGAACAGAAAGUUUAUUCUUCACACACUGGUUAUCCUGGAGGCUUCAGACAGGUGACUGCAGCUCACCUUCACCAGAGAGACCCAACCGCAAUUGUGAAACAUGCUAUUUAUGGAAUGUUGCCAAAAAACCUGCUCAGGAGAACGAUGAUGCAGAGGUUACACUUGUUCCCUGAAGAUGAAAUUCCAGAAGAUAUCCUAAAGAAUCUUGUUACUGAAAUUCCUCAGCCAAGGAAAAUACCCAGGAGACUGGAUGAAUAUACUCAGGAGGAGGUUGAUGAGUUUCCAAGACUCUGGACCCCGCCUGCUGACUUCAGAUUGAAGUAACUUGGACAGUAGAAAGAACGCAACUAAAUGGCAUCUUGUUUUCAUGCUUAAAAAUGCUAGAUUUACCUUUUUUUAAAAAUAAUAAUAAAUGUAUCAAUUUAAAAAUGGAAAUGGCUUUGCUUAUCUUAUUAGUAGAUAAUGUUUAUUUUUAAUCAACCUUGAUUCUUCAACAUUGAACAUCUUCAGGCUGUGUCUUCUCCAACAUUAUGAUCAAAGCUGGAAUGAAUGGGAUGCUGUGUUUGGAUUUUGUAUACAAAAUUGACAUUUCCAAUGAAAAAAAAUAAAUUUAAUAUAAUGUAAAGGGAAAAAACCUUCAUAAGAUCCGGAAGAAAUCUAUGUAAUAUAAGUAAAUAAAUAAAAGCUUGAUUAGAUGCAAA